UAAAUAACUCCACAAGUUCUGACCAAAUCUGGCUAAGACUCUAAUAUUUCCUAAAACGAAUAGUCCAAACUGGUGGCAAGUUUGUCCGUGAUAUUUGGAUUGUUGAUGUCCAGCUCCCCUCAGAUGGAUAGAUAAAGAUGGCCUUUUGACUCUUCUUGUGCAAUAGUCUCAGAACUGAUGUCAUGAAACAACGCAGCAGCGGCAAAAAUAUUGGUAUUGCCAUGGUUUUCUCUCGUCCUGCGCCGGAAAUAAAGCAACAGAUUCCAGUGGGUUUUGCAACUUGGGGUUAAGGCCUUUUUCAAUCCCAGCUGUCCGAUUUGUAGCGCAUCGUAGUUGGUGGGGAUGGGACCAAUCGUUCAGAAUAAAAGGAGGAUGGGACCAACUGACCCAUCCUUUGCACCUCCUCUGUUGAUAUUUCAGGAUAACGGGUCAACAUCGCCCAUAAUUUAUCUGUCUGCCCUUGUCAGCAAUCCACAAGAGUCCAAAUUUUGAGUUGUGGAGCAAAUCACCAUUGAAUUCUUCACAUGCUUCACCAAGUUUUGUGAUUUUUAUUGGAGGUGAUCUCUGCUUUGGUUUCGUUGGCCUCUUUUCCGGUCUGUUUGUUUCUCUUCCUCCUCACUUCUAUCGUCAGACAUAUCUGCUUCCCAUAAUUUAGCCUGCCGUCAAACUUCUUGUGGGAAUCCCACUAUAAAAAGAAUUCAUAUCAAAAUUUCAGGAGCAGGUCCAGAAAGUUUGACUUUGUUGAUGGGUUUAGCCUAGAUAUUGAGCAGUUUGGUAGAUUUCUCUCCCUUUUUCCUCUGUUUAAUAUUCUGGGUAGUGGAUUCAGAAUAAACUUGAUGACCGUGGAUGAAACGGGUAGUAACUCCGUAUGGAGUAAAGAGCAAGAUAAGGCAUUUGAGAAUGCCCUAGCAACUCAUCCUGAAGAUGCUUCAGAUCGGUGGGAGAAAAUUUCAGCCGAUGUACCAGGGAAAACCAUAGAAGAGAUUAAACAUCACUAUGAGCUAUUGGUUGAUGAUGUUAGCCUGAUUGAAUCUGGUCGUGUGCCUCUGCCUUCCUAUAGUUCUGUAGAGGGUUCAGCGAGCCAUGCUGGUGAUGAAGGAAACGGUAAGAAGGGUGGCCAUCUGGGGAAUUAUAACAGUGAGUCUAAUCAUGGAAGUAAGGCUUCAAGGUCAGAUCAGGAACGUCGUAAAGGGAUUGCUUGGACAGAAGAUGAACAUAGGUUAUUUCUUCUUGGUUUGGACAAAUAUGGAAAGGGGGACUGGCGAAGUAUAUCCCGAAACUUUGUGGUGACUAGAACACCUACGCAAGUGGCAAGCCAUGCACAAAAGUACUUCAUUCGAUUGAACUCAAUGAACAAAGAUAGGAGGCGAUCAAGCAUUCAUGACAUCACCAGUGUUGGCAAUGGUGACAUUUCAGCUCCACAAGGACCAAUCACUGGCCAAACCAAUGGCUCUGCAGGAGGUUCAUCUGGAAAACCAACCAAACAACCACCUCAGCCGUCCGCUGGGCCUGCUGGCAUUGGCGUGUAUGGUGCUCCGACUAUGGGGCAACCUAUAGGAGGAUCCCUUGUCUCAGCAGUUGGUACCCCUGUUAGUCUUCCUACUGGAGCACAUAUGGCAUACGGUGUGAGAGCCCCUGUACCCGGAGUUGUGGUUCCUGGUGCACCAAUGAACAUGGGUCCAAUGGCAUAUCCAAUGCCGCAUGCUUCUGCACAUAGGUAAUGUGCAAUUUAGGAGCUACAGCAGCAACACGAACAAAAGACAGAAGACUGUUUCUUGUGCUCUUGUUGGAUUAUCGAGAGCCUUUAGAUCAGAGCCUGAGUUUUUUUUUUCUUUUUUUUUUUGCUUAUUUAGCACAAGCUGUUUAAUGUUUAACUGUCAUUUGUCUAUUUUUGCAUCCGUUAUAAAUAAGGGCAUUUGGGUAGGAAUUACCUGAAUCUGUAUAGGCAACUGGUGGCAGUAUUUAUAAUUAGGACAGCAUUCUUGUUUGUUUCUUCUUAUAAACAAUUUAAGCAACAUUGUUAGUAUUUAGAGGUAGUCAGUGCUUAAUUUCUAUGGCACAAGUUGUAAAGAACCCUUUUAAAUCUUCUCCUAUUCUGAGUAUCAAAUAUAUUUGUUUGAAGUAACUUUUUGACUGGAA